AUGAGCAUGCCAGCUGGUUCGCCUAGUCUGAGCGACACCGAGCGUCAGGAAAUUCACCGUGCACGAAGCCACGAUCUCCUCUGCGGUGCCCCCAAGGUUUCCGAAGAAACCGUAGCAACCGAAGCUGUCCUCUCUCAAUCCCUCCCCAAGGAGGUCGUCAAGGAGGUCGCCUCCCCUCCCAAGACUUCGACAGAAGUUGCGGAGCCCAUCUUUCUUACCAAUGCCGUCUUCCGGCCUAACCCUCCCCGCAGGUCUCUAACGGCCUCUUAA